AAUAAGUCCGGUUCCUCUCUAGGUUUCUCAGGGAGUUUAACCUCGCUGCUAUCUGCCAGUGUGUUCAUUAGGGAUCUAAAGCUACAUCCUGGUUUCUGUAAAUAUGGUUUGUCCAUUGUUAGAAGCGCUACACGAAUAAAAUGUAAUUAAAGGUCUCAUUGCAGGUUGAGACAUGCCAGUUCCAGAUCAGCCUGCUGAAUCCGAUAACGCCUCCACUGGAGACAGAACCGAAUCCGAGGCUGCUUCAGCCAUCCUGGCAUCAGUUAAAGAGCAGGAGCUGCAGUUUGAGAGACUGACUCGAGAGCUGGAGGCUGAGCGCCAAAUCGUCGCCACCCAACUGGAGCGAUGCAAACGAGGAUCUGAGACCAGCAACACCAUGAGUAACAUAAGUUCCACAUCAGAUGAACAUCUUCGCUGGGAUACUGAAGAUGGACAGGAAGACAUCGAGGACGAGCUGAACACCGGCCUGGAGCUUGUGGACUCGUGCAUCAGAUCCCUGCAGGAGUCGGGAAUUCUCGACCAUCAGGAAUACAGCACGAGUGAACGUCCCAGUCUGCUCUCUCAGAGCUCGCUGCAGCUCGGCUCGAACUCCUCCGGAUAUCACAGCUGCCAGGCGCCGGCUCCGAACGACGCCCAGGCUUCGGCAUCUCCUCAGCUGCAGCAGCCCGUAGGAGCCGUGCACAACUACAACCAGGUGGCAUCCGGGCGUGCAGCUCAACCCCAGAGCCAUGGCCCAGAACCCCAGCAGCCGUGUCCAGCCUCGGGAAUCUACUACUCCAGCGCUACGUUACCUGCUCCUCGUCUCAUCUCUCCCCUGAGCUCCAUGCAGCCCUCUGGCACGGCCACCGGCUCGGGCACCAAGCUCCAGCGUCUGGGCUCGGCCUCGGAUGCUCCGGCCUACGCCACCACCCAGCGCCUGCAUUCCUCCUCCUCAUCCUCCUCACCCAAGCCGUCUCCCGCAAGGCUUGCCAAGUCCUACAGCAGCAGCUCCCCUAUUAAUGCGGUGGGAGCUGGUGGCACGGCCUCGCCAUCCAACACCGCCUCGCCGCUGCACCAGCAGCUCAGUGUGGGCAGCUACGCCACGCUCUCGCCCACCAAGAGGCUGGUGCACUCUUCAGAGCAGUACAAGAUUUCACACGAGCUGUACGCCACCGCUACGCUGCAGAGGCCCGGCAGUCUCGCCGGAUCUCGGAGCUCAUACAGCAGUCAGCACAGUCACACGGGUUCCGAUCUGAGACCCCUGCAGUCUCCAGAGCACCACAUUGAGCCCAUCUAUGAGGACCGGGUUUACCAGAAAGGCCCAAUGAGGAGCCUGAGUCAGAGUCAAGCAGAACCCCCUGCUCCAGGACACACUGGGACCUACCGUACCAACACUGCCCCGUCCUCCCCCGGUGUCGACUCCGUCCCUCUGCAGAGAACAGCGAGCCAGAAUGCCACGGGAACGUUCCCGCGUGGAGGCUACACCGGCUACGUGGAGCCGUACCGCACGCUGCAGUACUGCUCGUCUGUGGAGUCUCCCUACAGCAAAUCAGGCCCCAGUCUCCCUCCCGAGGGGACCCUGGCACGCUCACCCUCCAUCGACAGCAUCCAGAAGGAUCCGAGGGAAUUUGGUUGGCGAGAUCCUGAACUGCCUGAAGUCAUCCAGAUGUUGCAGCAUCAGUUCCCCUCAGUUCAAUCCAAUGCUGCCGCAUACCUGCAGCACCUGUGUUUCGGGGACAACAAGAUUAAAGCUGAGAUCCGGAGGCAGGGUGGUAUCCCGUUGCUGGUGGACCUGCUGGAUCAUCGGAUGGCGGAAGUGCACCGGAGCGCCUGCGGAGCUCUGAGGAACCUCGUCUAUGGGAAAGCUAACGAUGACAACAAGAUUGCCCUGAAGAACUGCGGAGGAAUCCCAGCUCUGGUGCGUCUGCUGAGGAAAACCUCGGACGUGGACAUCCGGGAGCUGGUUACAGGUGUGUUAUGGAACCUUUCGUCAUGCGACGCCCUGAAGAUGCCCAUCAUCCAGGAUGCUCUGGCUGUCCUGACCAACACCGUGAUCAUCCCCCUGUCCGCCUGGGACGUCUCGCCGCAUCAGGAGGACCGCAAGCUGCAGAUGCACACAUCACUCGUCCUGCGCAACGCCACCGGCUGCCUGAGGAACGUGAGCUCGGCCGGGGAGGAGGCGAGGAGGAGGAUGAGGGAGUGUGAAGGUCUGACAGACGCUCUGCUUUUCGUCAUCCAGACUGCACUGGGGAGCAGCGAGAUUGAUAGCAAGACCAUAGAAAACUGUGUGUGCAUCUUGAGGAACCUCUCGUACCGACUGGCAGCGGAAACUUCUCAGGGACAGCAGAUGGGCACCGAAGAGCUGGACGGCCUUCUCUGCAGUGACUCCAACGGGAAGGACGGAGAGAGUUCAGGCUGCUGGGGGAAGAAGAAGAAGAAAAAGAAGGCACUGGAUCAGUGGGAUGGUGUAGGCCCUCUCUCUGACACGGCUGAGCCUCCCAAAGGAAUCCAGAUGUUGUGGCAUCCCUCCAUCGUGAAGCCGUACCUCUUGCUGCUCUCUGAGUGCUCGAAUCCGGACACGCUGGAGGGAGCAGCCGGAGCACUGCAGAACCUGGCUGCAGGGAGCUGGAAGUGGUCAGUCUACAUCCGUGCAGCGGUGAGAAAAGAGAAAGGCCUGCCGAUCCUCGUGGAGCUCUUGAGGAUAGAUAAUGAUCGUGUGGUGUGUGCCGUGGCUACGGCGUUACGAAACAUGGCCUUAGACGUCAGAAAUAAAGAGUUAAUCGGGAAGUACGCAAUGAGGGAUCUGGUCCACCGUCUUCCCGGGAGCAGUAACGCCAGUGGCAGCUCCACCAACAGUGCAACGAGCAAAACCAUGUCGGACGACACGGUGACGGCCAUCUGCUGUGCCCUGCACGAGGUCAUCACCAAGAACAUGGAGAACGCCAAGGCACUGCGAGACGCCGGCGGCAUCGAGAAGCUCAUCGGCAUCGCCAGGAGCAAAGGAGACAAACAUUCGCCCAAGGUGGUUAAAGCAGCAUCUCAGGUCCUGAGCAGCAUGUGGCAGUACAGAGAUCUACGCAGCCUUUACAAGAAGGACGGUUACUCGCAGUAUCACUUUAUCGGCUCUGCUUCAACGAUAGAAAGAGACAGACAGCGGCCGUACUCUUCCUCACGCACACCUUCCAUCUCUCCGGUCCGGACCUCGCCCAACAAUCGUUCAGCGAGCGCCCCCGCCUCACCCAGAGAGAUGAUCAGCCUCAAGGAGAGGAAGGCCGACUACGAGUCCACUGGAACCAAUGCUAGUUUCCAUGGAAACAAAGGAGAGCACGCAUCCAGGAAAGACGCCACAGCAGUUCAAGUCUCGUGUGGAACCUCGACGCUCUUCCGCAACUCGUACGCGGCUCCAAACGAAGAGGUCAAGCACAACCAGAUCCCGGCCCAUCCGGCUCCCCAGGAGAGCAUCCGAAAGGACUAUGAGGUGCUUCCUCCAUUUCAGAACUCCACUAGAAACUUUGAAGAACCUUUUUACGAAGAUCAGGUCCAUCGGCCCGCUCCUGCCGCUGACCUCAGCAUGCAUCUGGGACUCAAGUCCACCGGGAACUACGUGGACUUCUACUCAGCCGCCCGUCCCUACAGCGAACUCAACUACGAGACGAGUCACUACCCCGCCUCGCCCGACUCGUGGGUGUAGGACUCGAUGAAUGAUGACGCCGUUUGAUGACCUCGUGAAUGACUACACCCCACCCCACCCCACCCCACCCCACGCCCAACCACCCCGGCCCCUUCCCAGUGACUACAACCCGACGAAAUUCGGGUACUUACAAAGAGAGGCUGGAAAACUGUGCAUGUGCAUGCAUACCACAUUUUCGUCGACGCAUUUCGUUCGUCAGAAGGCGUGUUCCGUGGCAAGAGCGGGAUCGAAGCGGGAAUAUCGGGAUGUAAGCACAAAAAAAGAAAGGAUUUAUGAAGGACGACAGAAAGUUUUGACCUUGAAAGGGAUUCGUAAAGUAGGGAAUUGACAUAGUGAGGAUGCGAGGAUACGUGGACAGAUGCGUAAAAGAUGUUUACAUGGAACAUGGAACGGCUUUUCACGUUGUCGUCGUUGUUGUUUUUUUUGUUUAGUUUUUUUUUCCCUUUGUUUUCUUUCUUUCACCACCUCAUUGUGAGUCACGUUGAGUUUUCCCGAAUGUUUGAGAUCUGUUUGAGAUUUUUUUUUCCCAGCCUAUUUAUCUAUUCCUCUUCAUUUGAUUUGACUUUGAUUUGAUCGGUGUACAUUACACUGCUGCCACCACCGACGGAGGCGACUCUGGAGCUUCUUUUACAGCACAAAAAAAAAAAAGAAUGAAAAAAAACACCUACAGCACUUUUAUUUUGGAGAAACGUCUCAGCUAUCGGUGUCUCAUUUUCAGAACAGGGUACGAGAACGAUACCGGAGGAUUAUUGUUCGUUCUGAUAACGUGAGUGCGUUUUUGCGUCUAGACCAAUGUUUCGAAAGCAGUUACGAGAACAUCGUUCCACUCUCCGUAUUGAUGAAGUGCUUUCUCACUGCCUAACAAAAGACGUGUAGAUACUGAAACAUUUUCUUUUGUCAUUUUUUUUCCACAUUUUUGGGUUUUCUUUUUGGAGGUGGGGGGGAGGGGCAAGAGUGUUAAAACGUUUAAAAAAAACAAAAAACAAUGCCAACGAUGCAACUGUUUGUCAUCCAUAACUAACCUGACUGACGAGAUGACUGACGUUGUGCCAAACGUAAAUCACCACUGGAAAUGUUUUAACCCACAUUUCAUACCACUAAUUAUUCAUUUCCACCAUUUUCUUGUUCUGGUUCAUGGAUGUGUUUUGGGGUUUUAUUUUUUUCUGGAAUUAAGCUACUCGUCUAGGCAACACUGGAGUAACAAGCCAGAGAGCGAGAUCUCUACGGGCUUAAUUUCCUCCAAAGAUGUACAAAAUCUGUCUCUCUGUGUUAGACGAGUGUGUACCGUGUGUCGUCCAUGUUCGAGAUGAUGAUGACAGGUGGGGUGGCUUCUACCGUUCGACUUCUACUGGCAAAGCACCGUGAAGAUUAAAAAAAAAUAAAAAAUCUACUAGA